AUGAAGAAUAAAUACACUCCUGUUUCAGACUCUGACGAGUCUUUCAAAACACUCAUUGAUGAAAAGGCAGACAUCCAUUCUUCAGAUGGUACGCCUCCUCCUUAUUCAGCUUCAAACAAAUUUAUCGAUUUAGAAAUGGCUGACGGAUCCGCUCAGAAUUCCGCCCAAGAAUCUGUUGAUAACACUAGGUCGGACCCUUCAGCGAACAAAGAAUCGAUUCUUGUAACGUAUCCAGAAUGGUACAGGCAAGCUGGGUUCAAUAUGUGUGUUUCAGCAUUAUAUGUGUGUUUUCUCAAUGUCCCCGGUUUCGCCAUGUAUUAUACUGCAAAGAAGAUAAUACAAUUUGAAAAGAUAAAUAAUCUUUUUCUCUACGUUGUUUGCUUUGUUGAUUUUGUCUUGUUUCUUUUUAUUUCGAUGAAUCCAAUUGCCCGUGAACGACUUAGAUUAUUAGUCAUUGAUAUAGGUAACGGCGCAAAUGCCAUAGGAAACGGCAUACUGUGA